AGCUCUGCCAAAUUGAGUGCUCUGAUGUGACUUUUUCAUCAAGUCAAUGUUCCUGGGAUCUCUUGUACAUGAUAAUCUCACUCUUGUAAGGUUUCAUCGUUUCUGCUUACCCUACUUUUCUUUCCCAUCCUGAUCCCUCUCCCACCAGACCGGACUCUGAAACGGGCAUGUACAGAGAAGAGGAGACCCCAAUACGCUUCAAGCUUUGAGCGGAGAGGACACAGCCUCUGCUGGGACAGGGAACAGAGGGAUGCGGAGACCCUGAAGAUGCUUUUGGACAGUGGUCUGAGGUUGGGACAGUGGCAGGAGAUACCAUUCACCCAGGAUCUCCAGGACAAGAGAUCAGCCUGGCAGUUACAUGUGUUUUUGUUCAAACUAGUUGCCAGGUUGGCAUGAACGAUGACAUCAGAGAUUCCGACCUUCCUGAUUGGAGGGACCGGACUCUGUCGGCACCUGGCAGUUCAGUUGGACAACAGUAACUUCUCAGAGCUGUUCUCCACUCCUGACUUCUCCCAGCCUCGAGAAUUGAUAACACACUCUUCUGGAUCCCAGCAGUGUCCAGAAGAAGACCAAGGACAGAACAGAGACUAGGUUCGGUGAGAUGGGACAGAUUUUGGGAAAGAUCAUGAUGAGCCAUCAACCGCAGCCCCAGGAAGAGCAGAGCCCCCAGCGGAGCACCUCAGGGUACCCCCUCCAGGAGGUGGUGGAUGAUGAAGUGUCGGGACCAUCAGCCCCUGGGGUAGAUCCCAGCCCCCCACGUAGGUCCCUUGGCUGGAAAAGGAAGAGGGAGUGUUUGGAUGAAUCUGACGAUGAGCCAGAGCAGGAGCUCGCCCCUGAGCCUGAGGAGACCUGGGUGGCGGAGACGCUGUGUGGCCUCAAGAUGAAGGCGAAGCGACGGCGAGUGUCGCUCGUGCUCCCUGAGUACUACGAGGCCUUCAACAGGCUGCUUGAGGAUCCUGUCAUUAAAAGAUUCCUGGCCUGGGACAAAGAUCUGAGGGUGUCGGACAAGUAUCUCCUGGCUAUGGUCAUAGCGUAUUUCAGCCGGGCCGGCCUCCCCUCCUGGCAAUACCAACGCAUUCAUUUCUUCCUGGCUCUCUAUCUGGCCAAUGACAUGGAGGAGGACGACGAGGCCCCCAAACAAAAGAUCUUCUACUUCCUGUACGGGAAGACCCGCUCUCGCAUACCCUUGCUCCCUAAGCUUUGGUUCCAGUUAUGCCGUUACAUGAACCCGAGGGCCAGGAAGAACUGCUCUCAGAUAGCCUUGUUCCAGAAGCGUCGGUUCCAGUUCUUCUGUUCCAUGCGCUGCAGGGCUUGGGUUUCCCCGGAGGAGUUGGAGGAGAUCCAGGCUUAUGACCCAGAGCACUGGGUGUGGGCGCGAGAUCGCGCCCACCUUUCCUAGAGCUCCAGGGACCGUGGAGGCCUGAGGUCAUCGGCCUGAGAGAAGGUACAUCUGCAUCCUCCGGGGUAAAGGCAGAAUAUUGGGGUCUAUUUCGGAAAUCCAAGGAACCCAAUUGCUUGAUCUGGCUUCAAGCCUGGGCAACGUGGCGAGAUAUCCCCUCUCCACAAAAAUACAAAAAUUAGCCAGGCGAUGUGGGAGGCAUCUCUACUCCCAACUACUCAGGAGGCUGAGGCAGGAGGAUCGCUGGAGCCUGGGAGGUCGGGGCUGCAGGGAGCCCUGAUCCUGCCACUGCGCUCCAGCCGGGGCGACAGAGUGAGACCCUGCCUCAAAAAUAAUCAUAAAUACUGAGUUCGGGGAGGUUCAUUAUGAUUGACGCACUUGAGUUACCGAUUUGGGUCGAGGGUUCAGUGAAGCUUUGGUUUACAUCUUGUGCAGCUAACCAUGUUGAGCACAGAGCAUGAGACUUUGUCAUGAGGAGGUAGGAUUAUGGAUUAGGCAUCUGGACUCGUGGUUUGUGAUGCUGUCACAUUAGAAACAGAUCUAGCACGGUUACAAGUUUAGAUCUGAAGUGACACAAAAGGCCCCAGCUGUGAUGAAGUCCAAAGCCACAUUCUCUGAGGGUGCCCUACUCCCUGGGAAGACCCACCCAAAGUCCUUGCUAUGAAGCAGAGCACUGGGGCUGACCUUGGGUGUAUUAAGUUUUGGAGUCAGGGUCACCAAAGCGUGAGUUUCACGGUUCAACACGAUGGUUCAGAAGCAGGGUAUAGAAUGAAAGGCAGGAGAUAAAAUUGCACUUCUCAAUUGCUCUGAACUCUAGCUAGACUUGACAUGGGACGUGAAUAACCUUCCUGUCUAGAGAGCUGCCUCCUUGAGGUGUGACAUUGUCUCUCUCACUUCCAGAACACCGGACCCAGGGGA